CGACAAAUCACCCCUCGGUCAAUCUAUCCUGAUGCCAAACCAAGAAACGCCACAAUACAUAGGAUUAGAGUCGGACUCGGAACCUCUGGAGCCCUUUGAACUGUAUAACGCCCUGGAGGCGACAACACCUCAAAGCGACGACGAGCUCAUAGCGAAGUGGGCCAAUGUUUUCUCUACCUAUGAUAUUCAGCGCGGCCUCAGUAUAUUUGACCUCGAACCGGCAAUUGGCUCGAGCAACCGCUAUGGAGACACUUGUCGAGAUAUACCUUUUGUGAUUCGCGGCAUAAGACAAAUAGCUGUAUCUGAUCAGCCAAAGGAUCCCUAUUGGUGGAUGCUUGUGAAAGCUGGGAUCAUCGAAAAACUGUGCGAGUGUGUCUCAGGACGACGAAAAACAUUCAAUUACCCAUCUUGGAGCACUGUGCCUGCUCUCAAAACCGAUGGCGGGUUUAGCGAAGUGCAUGCUACCUAUUUUAUCCCAUUAGAGAUUAUCACACACUGUGUCAAGGAUCUCAAACGCCCUUUGGACGCUACAGGGAGGAAGGUUCUUUCUACUAUAGGCGCUCACUGGCCAGCCAUGAUGGAGCGCCUAUGGUCAGAACCGGAGACGACUCUGGAUCCUAUACCCUUCCACAUCCCCGAAAGGGCUGUUAUUGGAUCCUUGAUAUGCUGGAUUCACGAAGUGGACCCAUCAUUUCGUGAUGUCAUCAACAACAGCCGGCCUGAACUUACUGUUGCUCUAAUCACUCGGUCCUGGAUGCACUCGAUCCAUGAGCCCGACCAUAGCAGCUUUUACCAGGCAAUGUCCCGGUUACACUCUCUUGGAGUCAGCGGAGCACGGGUGGGCCCCUCUAACACCAACAUCCCUCCUCGCGUCAUUCGAGCGAUUGUUAAAGGUGCAGCAUACAGCAGUAGUCCAAGUUGUGCCUUUGAUCGCUUCAUCGAGAAUGCCGUCAAGGGAUUGAAGUCUUUCCCGACUAUACUAGCCGCAGGGGCCGCCGACUCCCUAUACGAUCUGCUUGCAGCUUGUCCUAUGAUAGACGAACGCAACCAGCUGCUUCGCGCCCUAAUCAAAUCGAGCACCUUGUGGACUACACUCUUUGAUUUACUCUACGAAUCCAUCACGGAAUCACAAAAGGCGAACAAGACCGUAUACGCCUUUGUGAGCUCUGUUGACUUCGCCAAUGUCGUGCUCUCGGCCUCCUCUGUGGGCAGCCUGAGCCGCAAGGAAAUCAAACCCCAUGCUAUGUUUUUGGUCUCUUCUUCUACCCUGUGGAACGCCCUGGAUACAUUGUUGGUGAUGCAUGCUUCUACCACGCCUAUUACUAUGUCCAUCAUGUUGCUUUACGAGCAAAUACGUACUCUGAGCGGUGUAUAUCCUUCGAUCGCGUCACGCCUUAGGCUACAACUCCCUCGCCCACGAUCUCUCAGAGCUCUGUUCGACGCAUCAUUCUCCGCCCCGGGGCAUCCCACACCUCCUAGAAUCAUCACCAAGGCCAUGGUUACACCCCACGAAGAUAAAUUCGAGGAAGAAGUCAGAUCUGUCUCCUUCUGUGGGCUGAAGGCUUGGGUAAUGCUCGAGCGACUGCAACAGACCUGUGGGGUGCAUCGCCAGUGCAUGCGGAGAGGAUGCUCCGAGCGCUGGACAUAUCGGUGUAAAGCCUGUAUGAGUACCCAGUAUUGUGGGCGCGAGUGCCAGAGAUUGGAUUGGACUGAGCACCGGUUGGUUUGUGGAUUGUAUCUCGACUACGAUCACCCGUCUCUGGGUCCCGACGAUCUUGCCGUACUUACUGUCCCUUUACGUUACCAGACCAACGCAUCGUAGAGCCAGGGGCCACGUGUUUGCUUCGCCACCACCCAUGCAUUUAGAUUGUAGACUGCAUGGCGCGAUGCCUUCACGCCUCCAGAUU